GCCCCUCCGUCGUCACUUCCUGUGGGUCUGCACCGCCGAAGAGAAGAUGGCGGCGCUGGGCGAGCCUGUCCGGCUGGAGAGGGAUAUCUGCAGAGCAAUUGAGUUGUUGGAGAAAUUACAGAGGAGUGGAGAGGUGCCGCCACAGAAACUUCAGGCUUUGCAAAGAGUCCUUCAGAGUGAGUUCUGCAAUGCUGUAAGAGAGGUAUACGAACAUGUUUAUGAGACAGUGGACAUCAGCAGCAGCCCUGAAGUGAGAGCCAAUGCAACUGCAAAGGCUACUGUUGCUGCAUUUGCUGCCAGUGAAGGACACUCUCAUCCCCGAGUUGUUGAGCUACCCAAAACAGAAGAGGGCCUUGGGUUCAAUAUCAUGGGAGGCAAAGAGCAGAACUCACCAAUCUAUAUAUCACGGAUAAUCCCGGGUGGAAUUGCUGACAGGCAUGGGGGCCUCAAACGAGGAGAUCAGCUACUUUCUGUUAAUGGAGUGAGUGUUGAAGGGGAGCACCAUGAGAAAGCCGUAGAGCUACUAAAAGCAGCCCAAGGGAAGGUGAAACUUGUCGUACGGUACACACCAAAAGUCCUGGAAGAAAUGGAGUCCCGCUUUGAGAAAAUGAGAUCAGCAAAACGCAGACAACAGACCUAAUCAUUUAACAACUUUAUGUUCCUUUUGCUUUUGGCUAGGAAAGUCUUACUUGUGAUCUACUGAUGGCCUCGAUGCCCAUGACUGUAAAACACCAGAAACUCCCGUGACCUCCUCUUGCCGUUCUAUACAUGCCUGCUUUCGCAUCACUCACGGUUGUAGAGACGCACACACUUUUGUUCUCACGAGGAAAAGACAGAGUUGGGGGGGGCAGUUCUGUCCUGCUGUUUUUACAGGCCUUUUUCAAACAGAUUUUGUCACAAAGUUGUUAUAGAUUUUUAAUAAUGCUUUUUUAAUAUUAAAAUGUACUUUUACAUUCUUAAUCUUUUUUUAAAAAGAGGUUUUCUUUAUUUGGCGACUUAUUUACAGAUAACAGCUCUCCAGUAUUUCCUCUUGCUUACUGCAAUUUCUUUGUGAAAUUUCAUUUUUCCAAGAAAUGAAACAUCGCAGUCUCACGUGUGGCAGUUCAUCACGUUAUGAGUAUUGGCAUCUCUGCUGCAUUUUGUACUUGGAACAUAACACAUCUAUAAUCAGUGGUAAAUCAUAGCUAUCAUGGGACCUUUUUAUUUUUAAACAAUGUAUAAUGUAUUCAUUUAUACUGAUUUAUAAAAGUAAGUUUUUAAACACUGAAGCAAUCAUUGCUAAAAUAUGUUUUUCAUAAUAUUUAAGCAGUGAGGCCAGAGGAUGUAAUUUGAUUAUUAGCAUUACCAAUUAAAUCCUUUAUUUAUAUUUUAACAGUAUGUCAUAAAUUAUACAUGCAAACAAGCUCAGAUUUCAACUUUUCAAGUUUUUUAUGCUGUUCAUUUGUAUUUAAAUAUAUUUCUCUUAAUUUGGAUCUUUCAUGCCUAGAGAUGAGUCAGUUAGUCUGUGCUGGGGAGAAUGGAGGUAAGACAAAGUACAAACUUCAAACUUCUGGAGCCUGAAGAGCCAUACAUUCUUACUACCCUAGCUUCGGCACUGACUGGAGAUAUGAAGGGCAGGAAGGUUGUGUGUAAGAUAUAGAAGCAGGUGGUCUCAUGAGUCUCACAGUGGGUGGGGCUCAGGAGGGUUUAUAUCUGGAUAGUUCAAAUAUUGUUGGAACAAUACUUUUUACCAUUUGUCCACUGGAUGUCACCGUUUUCCUAAAAGGCAGCUAUUGAUAAAUGAUUGGGACUAUGGUCUAUUAAAAGCUGAAAUCAAAGUGAUUAAAUUUUCAGUCACAGAUUAUAGGAACAUUUGUAAAGGUUGUAAGUGAUGAUGUUAAAAAGAAACCGGUGGGUUGAAAAUGGAGGAAUUUGUCAUAAUUACGACUAUUACCUUUAUUUUUUAAAAAUGGGCAUUUUGUAACAUUCCUUCAGGAAGAAUGGAAGUGUGUAUGUUUUUCUGCAUGUGUGUGAGCAUUGUGAGUCUUACAAGAUUACUGCAGUUUUCAGUGAUUUUCAGAGUAAAAGUCAAUCAACAUGUUAUUUAUCACUUAGGAAUUGAACACUGGAUUGUGCAUGGUUGAAUGUCUUUAGUCCACUACAAAAAUGUGCUUGACAUUGAUAAGAUCAUGCUGAACUGUAUAUUUUCAGAAUUAGCUCAUGUGUUUUUAAAAUGUUGAGACCAAAGUAGUAUAGAAGAGUAUGACGUAUUUUAAUUUAAUUGUAAAAUUAUUAGAGGUAAUUGUUUUUAAAACUCUAUAUUAAAGAAAAGUGUUGGUGCAUAUAGAACAGUCCUAUUAUUAUUAUGCUCGUAUUUCUGCACCCCAGGGUUAGGAGACCCUGAGGAACCCUUGUCUUGGCGUGGCUACCGCGGCUGCAGUUGCUCCAGAGGUUGCAUCAGCGUCCCGUGAUUAUUACAGCUUUCGGUUUUAGGUUUCAGCUGUUGCAGAAUUUCAAGUUACUUUUUUUUUCCUUAAGUAUAUUGAAAAAACUUUUUUUUUUCUUUUUCUUCAGUAACUCACAGUCUGUUCUUUGUGGGGGCUGACACCUAUUUAUAAUUCUUAAAAUAAAAACAAAGGAGCCAAAUACAAAGCUGUUCUUGGUACUGUUGCGCAUGAGUAGCAAUAGUUUGCUUUCAUGGAUGCGAUUCUCCUAUCUCAGAAUUUUAAAUACUGACUGUAGGAAAGUCAGUGACAAGUGUACAGUAGUCUGCUUGUGUACUAAGGAAGGGAAUGAAUUUUAAUUAAUAUAUGGAUGAUUUGUGAAUAAAGCGAGGCAGUAAAUAUAUAAAGGGUGUUUGUUUGACUUGUAACUUACAAAUGUAAAUUUCCCUUAGCCCCAAUUUUCCAUUUAUUUUCUUAAACAUUUCAGAAUGAGUCGACUUGGUGAUUCUUGACCUUAGCUGCAUGUUAGAAUGCCCUGUAGAUCUUAAAACUCACCUAGAUCCCUUCCCAUACAGCUAAUUCAGAAUCAUUUCUGUGUGACUGGAAUUUCAUAUGACGCAUUUAUCCAGUCUACCCUCUAUUGUCUUUAGAGGCUCGUUCUGUACACCCAGGCUUCAGAAGCACCAGCUCAUGGACUUUCUGGUUAUACUGGACUCUGUUUGCAAGUACAUUUAAUCUGAAGCCACUUAACGAUUGAUUCUAUGACUCUAUUUCUCAGUACCUCUAUGGACUUAAGGGGUAUUUGGCAUUCCUUAUUAAUAAAAUAAUUGCAAUCUUUUUUUUUUUUUUAACUCUGGCUCUCCUGGAACUCUCUAUGUAAACCAU